GAGUCUGACUAGGCAUUUUCUCCCCGGUGACAGAGACAAUCUCAGCGGCGCAUCUUCCCAGAUCCUCCUCCCCUCCCUUCUCCUCCUCUCCUCCUCUUCUGCUGCUGCCCUCCACGGCUGCAGCCCACCGACCAUGGCCCUGGUGACUCUGCAGCGCUCUCCCACCCCCAGUGCAGCAUCUUCGGCCAGCACGACCAACAGCAGUGCGGGGGAGGACUUCGGAAGCGACGAUGACCGGAAAAAUAAUCAGAGCCUCAGUGAGAGCUUCUUCAUGGUCAAAGGAGCCGCCCUCUUCCUCCAGCAGGGCGGCAGCGCACAAGGACCAAAGACCCCGACCCACCACAAACAUGCAGGUGAUUUACCUCAGCACCUGCAGGUCAUGUUUAAGAUCCUCCGGUCUGAAGAUCGCAUUAAACUGGCUGUGCGGUUAGAGAGUGGAUGGUCGGACCGGGUGCGCUACAUGGUUGUUAUCUACACCAAUGGCCAUCAAGAUACAGAGGAAAAUAUCGUCCUGGGAAUGGACUUUACGGACAAGGACAGUAAAAAUUGCUCCAUUGGGAUGGUGCUGCCACUGUGGAGUGAUACCAACAUACAUUUAGAUGGAGACGGAGGCUUCAGCGUGAACACAGCAGGGCGGUCACAUGUCUUCAAGCCUGUAUCUGUUCAGGCCAUGUGGUCUGCCUUGCAGGUCCUCCACAAAGCAUGCGAGGUGUCACGCCGGUUCAACUACUUCCCGGGGGGCAUUGCCCUCACAUGGAUGGCCUUCUAUGAGAGCUGCAUCACCUCAGAGCAGAGCUGCAUUAAUGAGUGGAAUGCUAUGACCGACCUGGAGACCACGCGGCCCGAUUCGCCCACCAUGUUUGUUGACCGGCCAACCGAGCGAGAGAGAACAGAGUGUCUCAUUAAAGCCAAGCUACGCAACAUCAUGACGUUUCAAGACCUGGAGAACAUCACGUCCAAGGAGAUCCGUAACGAGCUGGAGCAGCAUAUGAGCUGUAACCUCAAAGAGUACAAGGAGUUCAUAGACAACGAGAUGCUUUUGAUCCUGGGUCAGAUGGACAAGGCCACACUUAUCUUUGACCAUGUGUACUUGGGCUCUGAGUGGAAUGCUUCAAACCUGGAAGAACUACGUGACUGCGGAGUGGGUUACAUCCUGAAUGUUACCAGAGAGAUCGACAACUUCUUCCCAGGGAUGUUCUCUUAUCACAACGUCCGUGUGUACGAUGAGGAUGCCACCGACCUGCUGGCCCACUGGAACGACACCUACAACUUUAUUGUCAAAGCAAAGAAGAACAAUUCCAAGUGCCUGGUGCACUGUAAGAUGGGGGUGAGCCGGUCUGCCUCUUCAGUUAUUGCCUAUGCAAUGAAAGAGUACGGCUGGUCUCUGGAGAAAGCCUACAACUUUGUCAAGCAGAAACGGAGUAUAGCUCAGCCAAACCCUGGCUUCAUGAGGCAGCUGGCAGAGUAUGAGGGAAUCCUGGACGCCAGCAAACAUCGUCACAACAAGCUAUGGAGGCCUGAAACAGAUGAGGAGGGAUCUGAUGAUUUGCAAGCCUCUGGCCACUGUACUGGUGGGGAGGAGACACCAGUGCUCAGAGAGGAAGAAGCCUGGGGAGGCUGCGGGGCGUCUCCCUGCAGGGGUAUGGGUCUGGAGAUGGAGCCCCUUGACUCGCUUAACUAUAAUUACUACUUCAGGCGUUUGUCAGACUCUGCACUAGACAGUGAGCCCUCCACCCCAGUGCGGGGCCCCCCUCUGCUGGGCAUGGAAAGAGUCUUCAUUGAGAUUGAAGACGUGGAGAGAGAUGCCCUCCUGGAGGACGAGGGUUUCCCCAUGGCCCAUUUAGCCCUGCCUGGCGAGGGCACGGCAGCCCAGACGUGUGGACGUCUUGACCCCCUGGAGGACAUGAGACUGAGACUUGAGUUCAGUACUUUGGAGGAAGAGGAUGAGGAAGAGGCAAAGAAAGAGGAAGCUGAGAUGGCGGCCUUGGCUCAAACGCCUGGAAAUUCAGAUGGGAAGAGAGCGGGGGAGGAGGCUGAGAGGACGGAGGAAAGCCGGUUAGGCCUCGCCAACCUGAACACUAACAACAGCAACCGCCUAGCUGCAAAGCGCAGCUGCCCUGCAGCUUUUGACGACAGUGCUAGCACAGGAAACCCUUUAAAAGUGAAGCCCUCCUAUCAGUCCUGUAAAGACUGCCUGCGUCUGCCACAAGGUCGGCGCUGUGACCGUCCAGCAGGAGGUCGUUCCCACCGCCUUAACCCUUCCCGCCACUGCACUGUCCCCUCCAUAUGCAUAGAUCCGCCCGGGACAAAUUUUGCUUCCACCCCAAUUCUGCAGUCUUUGCCAUCCCCUGCAGUUGUCCCACCUAACUUGGUCCAGCCCUGUACUCACCUCUACCGCUGUGCCACCUGCGCCCCAGGUGUCCCAACUGUCCCACUAUCCACCCGCCAGAAACUGGUCUCACCCAUGAGCUGCGAGGAGACGCCUCCUGACCGCAGCUCAGUGGAGACGGAGGAAAUGGAUGAACCGCAAGGUGACAACGUGGAAGUACAAAUAUCAAGGGAGGGCACAGGGGCCAUCAAUGCGACUACUGCUGAAGGUUUAAAAUUACAACCUGGUGGUGCAGUGGAGCUCCAGCAGCAGGCUCUGGCCCAGCUGCAAAUGCCAGGACUGGGGAUAGAAUUUGGUCUGGAACUGAUGCGCCAGAGAGCGGAGCAGCUUGAAAAGCUGCCAAGCUUGGCCAUGGAGGGCCAGCUCCCAGUGGGGCCCCUGCCUUAA